AUGCAAUCUAAAGAUGAACUAUUUAAAGUACUAGCAAAUAAUAAGGAAGCGUUAAAGGAAAAUCGACCUCAAGAUUACCGAACUGUUGUAAUAUCUAUCAGUCCUCAAUCCAGAGCAUCUUUCGCAGCAAAGUACAACCUAUCACCUCUGCAAGUGCACCGCAAACUUGUGUAUUUCUUCAAAAACCAUUUAGGUGCCCAUCAUGUUUUUGAUACGGCUUUCACACAAGAUUUAUCAUUGGCAGAGGCUUCUAGAGAAUUCAUUGAUCGCUUCAAGCAUUACAUGGAAAAUGGGGGUGACAUUUUAGAAGCAGCCAAACAAGAAGUAGAUAAAGCCAACGACGAGGAUAAACCAAAAGUACGUACGAGGAGAAGGGCUGGAGCUGGAGCUCGGAACGAUAAGAAUAAGGAAUUACCGAAUGAAUAUAUGCCAAUGCUAGCCUCAUCUUGUUCUGGUUGGAUCUGUUAUGCAGAAAAAACUCAUGGUGAAGUGCUACCGUUAAUCACAUCCGCCAAAUCGCCUCAGCAAAUGAUGGGCUCAUUAGUGAAAGAUUAUUUUGCAAAGAAGAUAGGGCGACUACCACAUCAAAUUUAUCAUGUUUGCAUUAUGCCUUGCUUUGACAAAAAGUUAGAGGCAAGCCGACCCGAUUUUUACGUGGAGGAAUAUGAUACAAGAGAAGUGGAUUGCGUAUUAGCUACAAUUGAAAUCGAGAAUUUGUUGAAGGAACAAGAUUUGGAUUUUUCUACGUUGCCUGAAGCGGUUAUUGACGAUAUUAUCAACAAAAUCAAAGUAGACCCUACUACUGGUGAAGAGGUGCUUUAUGGUAUCGCAGGUUCGUCAUCAGGUGGUGCCUUGGAAUAUAUUUUUGCUAGGGCGGCGCUUGAGUUAUUCAAUAUCGCUGAUGUACCUGCAGAUCCCCUUACAACAGAAUCACCUCGUGUUAUUGUCAAGACGGGUAAAAAUUCGGAUGUGAAAGAAUAUCUUCUUGUUAAUGAAGAAGGUAAAGUCGUACUCAGAUUUGCGACAGCUUACGGGUUCCGAAAUAUUCAAAAUAUUGUACGUAAGGUGAAAAGCGGAAAAUGUGUGUAUCAUUAUGUAGAAGUUAUGGCUUGCCCUGGUGGAUGUGCUAAUGGUGGCGGUCAAUUACCUCCCGGCGAUGGAGAAACAAAAAUAAUGAACGCUAAAGACUGGGUUGUUCAAGUAGAGAAUAUUUAUAGAUCACCCGAAGGUGUCAAGCCUGAAGAUAAUGAGGUUAUAAAGGCCAUCUACAGUGAUUGGAUUGGUAACCCUUCCGGUGAACGAGCAAAACGCUUGCUGCGAACACAAUAUCAUGCUGUUACCAAUAACUUUGCUAACCCACUCGCCACUAAAUGGUAA